UAUAAAUCCACCGCGAAUGUAGAUUUGAUGCUGAGGCUUCGUUUGCGGUUAUGCACACAGCAAGUAUAUUUAAAAAAACUAAACAAACAAAACAUCAGACAGAAUGCUUUUUUUUGCCAUCUUUGCUCUUCUUGCAGCCUCAGCUAUAGCUGAACCUGAGACUCAGAGCUACUCCUUUUCCCCAGCUGCGGGGUCAGGGAGUGGCUCUUCGUUCACUCUAACUGGUGAGGGAAGAAUAACAGCUGUACGAGUGUGGGAGUCAUCCUACAUACGAGGCUUCCAGUUCCGCUAUGGCUUCAUCUGGUCUCCCGUUGUGGGUUUCACCAGUGGCCAGCAACAGGAGAUGGAGUUGUCUGACGAUGAAGCCGUCAUCCAGAUUUCUGGGAAGUAUUCUCACUACGUGCAGUCAGUGGUGUUCGUAACCAGCAAGGGCCGCCAUCUUGAAGCAGGCCAGCCCUCAGGCACUUCCUUCAACAUGUAUCCAAGCCACAAGGAUGCUGAGCUGGUCCUCCUUAGUGGCACUUACCAUGGAGCAAUCACUUCCAUUGCAGCACACUGGGCUCGUGUAGUUUCAUCUGCUGAUUACACUGAGCACUGAGAAGUACAGCUUGCCUGAGGAGCUGCUACCAUUUAACCAGCAACUUGGCUAAACCAAUGUAUAAAAAGUAUGAUUUAUUUCACAAUGUAAAAAUACAAUUUGUCUGUUCUUUGGUAAAAUAUUUUGACUUUGCAAAACUGGACCUUUGCUUGCUGAGGUGUUGGGCUUUAUUUAGCCGGAAACACAUUUUUUUCUUAAGUAUUGUUCUAAUGAAUGCAUGGGUUGAGAGAACUUGACUAUUCCUACUUAAACACUUUCAAAUGACUUUAAAACACACAUCUGAGUGACAACAGGUAGUAGUUCACAUUUAUGCUAAUUAAACAUAGCUAAACUUGUUUCUAGCUUCUUGAUCUCUAUAAAUGUAUGAGCAUAUACGUGAAAAUGCUUUUCCAAACUCUUGCACUAUAUAAAAGCUUGAUGAAAUGUAACUUGUUUUUUUUCCGGCAAUACAUUUGUACACAUCAUGUUCUUGUCCUUAAUAAAAAAAGAUCUCUGUAAAUCCAA